UGGGAAGUGGGCUACAGGAUCUAAAGAGAGAAACAUCGGUGGACUGACAUUACAAGGUCACUUUAAUGUUAUCUAAUAUACAUCAGUGCAACGAUGAAGCUGACUCUGUUGUGUCUGUCCCUUUUUUUGGUUCAUAUUCAUUUUUCAUUGGCCAAGAAAACCGUAAGUCUUGGUAAGAUAAAUCUUUUUAAGAAGACCCCCAAAACAAAUAACCAGCCGAAACAACCUAAUCAACCAAGCAGACCAGGACGUUACCCUAAUCAAGGAGGCUACCCUAAUCAAGGAGGCUACCCUAAUCAAGGAGGCUACCCUAAUCAAGGUGGUUACCCCCAGCAACCAGGGCGACCAGGUGGUUACCCUAAUCAAGGUGGUUACCCUAAUCAAGGAGGCUACCCUAAUCAAGGUGGUUACCCCCAGCGACCAGGGGGUUACCCUAAUCAAGGAAGUUUCGCCCAGCAGCCAGGAUACCCAGCUGGGAGCUAUCCAGCUGGAGGUUACCCAGCACACGGUGGUGGUUAUGGCGGUUACGGUGGUCCUCCAGGUGGAUACAUGAACUAUAACCCAAACAACAAAGUCCUAAGCCCACAAUAUGGUGGCAGUUUUGGAUAUGGGGGCUAUGGUGGUGGGGGUGGCUCUCCCUUUUCCCACUCAGUUCAGUCAAUGGGCAUGUAUCCCUCUGAUAGGUCCAGAGGGUUUGGACGCAGUGCAGUGGUGGCAGCAGCUGGAGGGGCUAUGGUGGGGAUGGCUCUGGGCUACGGGCUAGGGAGGUUCCCCCGUCCCCCCUUCAACUUCCACAACUCCCAGGAGGAGCAGUACUACAACAACUAUAUGUACAGGAAAUAUGGUUCCAAGUCCACUGAUGCCAACGACUACAGCAGAGACUACAAAUACAUCCAACCUCCUGAAACCUAUGAUAGCUACAUGGACUCCUGCAUGAAGAGAACAGACAUUCUGCCUGCGGGGAAUCCAAAAACAAACAAUAAUCCAGCUGCUACCACCUCAACAACAACUACAACUGCUAUUGCAACUACCAAGACUACUUCUGUAAAUAUCACAACUACUGCGGUCCCAGACUCUGGCAUUGACAGCAACACAACACAAUCUAACAGCACUGCAGGAGAAAGUCCCUUGACCACUGCACCUUCAACUCAACACCCUCUAAAUGAGUCAGGAGCCGAUCCUCUGCCUACAGCUGCACAGGUUUUCAGAAAACAUGUCAAUGAUGAUAAUGAUGAUGACGAUACAGUCAGCAUUGUGGAGAUCGGUUACCCGGCAUUGAUUGAGCAGCUGAAGGCCAGGAGGUGUGUAGAGCUGUACAUAGCCUACUCUGAAAAGUACUUGAAGAAAAAGGAUAAGCCCAGCACCACAGCCGGUGGGGUGCAGCGACUGGAGAUGGGCUUGCAAGGGCUUUUAGCUGUUGUCACCAGUACAACAAUGAUGCUUCUCAAUAGCAACAUGCAUAUGCUGCUCUACUAAGGCCUUCAGUAACAGUUAUAUUGGUAGAAACUUCAGUUUUCUGGAGUCUAGUAGAGUCUGGCUUGGAAGAGAGUAUAGGUAACAGUUUCAGUUCCAAUUUGGAAAGAUUUGCAAGUAUUCUAAAAGUAGAGUAUACUCAUAUUUAUUCAUUUCUUAGUUAAGCUUUCCUUUUGAGUACUAAAAAAUGUUUCACUGACUGCAUUGGUUUCUGCAAAUGUUUACCUGCUAACUGUCAUCUACUGUAAAUAACAUAAUGACUAUGUAUAAGUACUUUGUCCAACCCAACUUCAAACUCAACCAUCCCUUCAGCUUAGAUUUCUGAAUGAAAUCGGCUGUUUGUUUGUCCAGACUGAAAUGAUCAUGUGUGCUGAUAUAUGUGGAGGAUUACGUUUUUGAAAGAUGGUCAUAAUAAAUCAUACUUAUCAUGGUACCACCCUAAACUGAGAUGGUGAACAUGGUAAAUAUUGUGAGCAUGUUAGCAGGCUGACAUUGAACUAGAAGCACCACUGUUCUUAAAUACGGCCUAACAGAGCAUGAGCUGCUGUAGACUCAGACUCGUUUAAUUUAUUUAUGCCACCUGUCCAGUGUCAGUGUCCCGAGGGGAUUAGUUUGCACCAUGGGGCUCGUACUCUGUCAUGGUGAUCUGCGUGAAUAAAUAGCUGGAGAGAAUGGAGAUGUGCUUUAAAUAGGAAACAGUAAUUGAGUUAACUCAAUUUUACAUUGUAAGUUUAACAGAGUAUCUGGUCAAUGGUUCACAUGGUUGUACAUGACAUAACACCCUUUAUGCCAACAUCAUUAAAUGGGAAAAAAAACUGCCCUACACAGACACACACACAUAUUGUGCUUAUGUAGCUUCUGAUUGCAGAAGUUCUACAAGAUCUCUCAUUCAUUAUUUAUUGCAAGAGUAGUAAAACAAUAUAUUCAUAACAAAGUGUAGUAUUACUUUCAGAAAGCCACAAUAAUCAGAAUAUACAACUAAUUAUUUACGACGUAUUUGAUCUGAUGUAUCAACUAAAAUAAAGUUUUUGUUUUUUACUGUCAUGACUGCUUCCUAUUUUAUAGAAACUUGAUUUCAGGUUCAUAUAGUGAUACAGUUUUCAAGUUUGUAUUGCAGGACUUACAAGGGCCAGCAGGUGGUGUCAUCAACUGUAUUCAUUAAAGGAAGAAAUGCAAU